AUCCCUGCAUGUCCCGUUGUACUGAUCCAGGGAAUGCCCAAUCGUUCGAGAGAAGAAGCGGAAGCGGAACUGGCGUGCCGGAGGGGAAUUGUUGUGUGGCCAACUGAUCGAACAGCGGUAGAAGCAUGCAACCGUGGUGUAGUGAAGCCCCCGCCUGCCGAGACCAGCUCACGGAUGAGAGGCCUCGGUGAAUGGAAAUGACCCCGCGCCACCGCGCUGUGUCCGCCAGGUCCGCUAUGCGCAACUCGUCCGCCCAUCCGUCAGUCCGACCGUCCGACCGAAUGGAAGCGUAACUUGACAGGAGCCGACGCCAUCGGCCCGCGGCCACCCGCUCUCCGUGCCGUUGAGCUAGUGUUUGUAGCGGCGGGGCCACCCGAUGUGUGUGGAUGUGUGUGGUGUGCACGCCUCCUCGCCGCCGCAGUGUCCGCUGCAGACACGCCUCCCCGCCGUCAUCCUGGAGCCCUCCGCCCCCAACGACAGGUAGAGCGUUCUAUGGAGUCUUGUGCGAAAACUUAUCGGUAUCUCGCAGGUGAAAAAAAAGAGCGAGACAACUGCUAAACAGACUCCCGUCCUCGCACGUGUAUACGACCGACAGGAGUGCCCAAACUGAAUGCUGAACUGGAUGCCCUUCUUCGCCGAGAAGAUGGUCUCGUUCCUUUUCGAACUCGGCGCAGCAGGGGCCACCCUGCUGGUGCUGCUCACGGCGUCGGCGCACCCCAGCCCCACCUGCCCCGUGGCCCAGGGGGACGCGUGCGAGGAGGUCAAGUUCUACCUUUGGACACCGCUCAACCCGGAGGAGCCGCAGGAGGUCGCCGCCGGCAACAUCUCCGCGUCCCUGUUCAACAACAGCCACCCCACCAAGAUGAUCAUCCACGGCUACGCGUCCGGCAUGAACCUGGAGCAGCUAGCCGACAUUAGGAAAGAGUACCUGCUGCAAGGCUCGUACAACCUGCUGUCCCCGCAGUACCUGGACCUGGUGGACAGCCCCUGCUACCUGACCGCCGUCAUCAACGUGGACUACGUAGGCAAGUGUAUCGCCAGGUUCAUCCGCGGGCUCGACGUCAGCCGGAGGCCGCCGCCGUCCGGGCCGCCACCAGAGGACUCGGGGCUAUCGCCGGGCUACCAAGUUCUGGACCUGCACCUCAUCGGCUUUAGUCUUGGAGCGCAAACGGCGGCCUUUGCUGCCGUCCACCUGAGGCCCGAGUACCUUCUUGAUAGGAUAUCAGGUCUCGACCCUGCACUACCCUUCUUCACGACGAGCAACAAGGACCGCAAGCUGAGCCCGGACGACGCGGUGCUCGUAGACGUCUUGCACACUAACGCGUACGUCCAAGGGCAGGCCGCGCGCUGCGGGCAGGUCGACUUCUACCUCAACGGCGGCAUGCAGCAGCCCGGCUGCAGCGAGGAGGGUUUCUUUGAAAGGUUCAAAUGCGACCACCACCGCGCGCCCAUGUACUUCGCCGAGUCCAUCCGAUCCGAGUCCGGCUUCUGGGGCUGGUCCUGCUCCUCCAUCAGCGACUACGAGAUGGGCCGCUGCCCCGCCCGCGGCGCGGCCGUGCUGGCCGGCCAGUGGCUGGACCGCAGGUCCGAGGGCUUCUACGUCCUGCAGACGCGAGACUCAUCCCCGUUUGCGCGCGGCGCCUGGUGGAGCACGGUGACGUCGACCGGUGGCUCGACAACGGUGGGCGCCGACACGGACUCUGCUUCCACCGUUGUCUCCAUCUAGGCCGCGACCACGUCCGGAGUGGACGGCUCUGUCCUUCAGCUGACCUUUGCUUUGACCUCUCUAUAGAGUCCGGCCCGGCUGAGAGCCCCGCCUCCCGCGCCAAGACCUCCCGGAGCAUGGACUAUGGACGCGAAGGGCCAAGGGCAGCAGUAGCCCCUCGGGCAGCCCGCCGCCGGGACGGGGAGAGGGGAAAUCAUUUUCUCGAGUGUCGUGUGAAAUACAAGACGAGUUGGCCCGGGCCGCUGCCGGCCUGGCCUGGCCCUCCUGGGUAUCGCGGGCCCAUCUCCCUUUCACGGGGGACACUGCAGUGCACUGCAGGCCGGGGCCGGGGCUGCCGGGCGAACCCGAGCCGGGCAGGGCGGGCAGGGCGGGCAGGG